AUGGAAGACGUGGACCUUGUGGUAAUCGGCGCAGGUUGGAGUGGGCUUUCCGCCAUUAAAACCUAUUGUGAAGUCAACCCCGACCACAAUGCACUUCUACUAGAGGCUGCCGACUCGGUGGGUGGUGUCUGGGCCAAGCAUCGUCUGUACAAGGGUCUCAAAUCGAACAAUAUGCUGGGCACCUAUGAGUUCAGUGAUUUUCCAAUGGACGAAGCGACAUUCGGAGUAAAGUCCGGUCAACACAUUCCUGGCCAUGUCAUUCAACGAUACCUGGAAGCAUACUCAGAGCGUUUCGGCUUCGCUCAAGAUAUUCGAUUGGGGCACCGCGUGGAAAGCGCACACCACAACCUGAAUGGGACAUGGAAGUUGACUGUCUCACAUGGAGCUGAAACAACCAUUAUCGAGGCCAAAAAAAUGAUUGUGGCCACUGGAAUCACAUCUCAGGCCUACCUUCCCCCCUUUGAGGGCCAGGAGUCGUUCAAUGCACCAAUCUUCCACUGUCGUGAUUUGCUACAAUAUCAGGAUGCCGUCCUGCAGCCCGGAGAACGUGCUACUGUCUUUGGUGGGACCAAAUCAGGCUGGGAUGCGGCUUAUGCGUGCGCAACAACGGGCAUGAAGGUUGACUGGAUCAUUCGGAAGUCGGGACACGGGCCUGUCUGGAUGACUCCAGCCUACGUGACGCCUUUGAAGAAAUGGCUAGAGAAACUAGUCACUACUCGCUUCUUGACUUGGUUCAGUCCGUGUAUUUGGGGUCAUGCCGAUGGCUUCUCUGGCAUUCGUAGCUUCUUGCAUGGUACCUGGCUGGGCCGAAAGGUCGUGGACACUUUCUGGAAUAUCCUCGCAUCGGAUGUCAUUCAACUCAACGGUUAUGACAACCACACGGAACUGAAGAAGUUGAAGCCUUGGGUGAGUCCAUUUUGGAUUGCUUCUUCACUCAGUAUUCUCAACUAUCCCACGGAUUUCUUCGACCUGGUCAGAGACGGCACGAUCACAAUCCACGUGGAAGAUCUGGAACGAGUCUCAGAUCGAACAGUCCAUCUUUCAUCGGGUGUUGCUUUACCAAGCUCUGCACUGAUUUGCUCAACGGGCUGGCGCUCUACUCCAAACCUCAAGUUCCUUCCUGAGGGUAUUGAUCGCGAAUUAGGAUUCCCCUGGAGCGCAGAUCCUUUGAAUGAAGGCAUGGUGAAAGCAGCCGAUGAAGAAAUCCUCCGUCGAUUCCCCCGAUUGCGAGAUCAGCCAUGCCCUAACCCUCAAUUUCGUCCACUUAACGGCCACUCUGAAGCAGCUGUGCCGCAUCCAUUCCGUUUGGCCAAGUUCAUGGUUCCGCUUUCGCUGGUGAGAGAGCGCUCACUGGCCUUCAUGGGAGUAACCAUGACCAUCAAUACUACACUGAUUGCCCAAGCUCAGGCAUUAUGGAUUUCGGCAUAUUUCCGCGGUGAUCUGACACCAACCUCGCAUGAGAGAUGCCCUGUUGCUGUGCGAGCUGCAUCCGAUCUCAAGAUGGACGAUUCUUCGGAUAUCGACCUCGUCUGGGAGACAGCUCUGCAUUCUGAAUUUGGGAGAUAUCGCUACCCGGCAGGGUUUGGCCGACGCAACCCUGACUUUGUCUUCGAUGCUAUUCCAUAUGUUGAUCUGAUGUUACGGGAACUGGGUCUGCCAACACAGCGGAAACGAGGAUUGCUAGCUCGUUGCUUCCAACCCUACGGCACAGAAGAUUAUCGAGGCUUGGUGGAUGAAUGGAAAUCCAAGCAACUUACUCGGUAA